ACUAAGAUUUAAUUUUAAAAUUAAAAACCUUAGCUGAUCAGAGCUCCGGCGACAAAGACUUAUUAGAGACCCCAAAAUUAUCUAUUUGUACCCCUUAAAUUAAGCUCCUGUUCUUAUCCAAUUCACAAUUGAUAAACUAGGGUUGAAAACAGUGAAGAUGACGAGAAAAACGAGUUGCUGUGGUAUUUGUGAGAAUUCAAAUCUUCCUUCCAUUUGUCCUCUUUGCGUCAAUUACAGAUUGAAUGAGUACAGCACUGUGUUAAAAUCACUGAAGGGCAGGAGGGAUGCGCUCUAUGGGCGAUUAAGUGAAAUACUCUUGGCUAAGGGUAAGGCCGAUGAUCAACUUAGUUGGAGGGUGCUUCAGAAUGAAAAAUUGGCAAGAUUAAAGGAAAAGCUUCGACAACAGAAAGAGCAAGUUUCACAAGGGAAGGCGAAAAUCGAGAAGAUGUCUCAUGAUCUGAAAGUUCAGUAUGAGUUGCUAGGAUCAGCGACGAGCAUGUUGGAAAAAAAUCGUGCGGAACAACUUGAGAAGUUUUAUCCUAAUCUCAUCUGCACUCAAAAUCUUGGGCAUAUGGCAAUUACCUCUGAGCUUCUUCAUAAACAAUCUGUGGUUGUAAAGCAGAUAUGCAAGUUAUUCCCUCAACGUCGUGUAAUAGUUGAUGGAGAAAAAAAAGACACAUCUAGUGGCCAAUAUGAUAGCAUCUGUAAUGCAAGGUUGCCAAGAGGACUUGAUCCUCAUUCAGUUCCAUCUAAUGAGCUGGGUGCUUCUUUAGGAUAUAUGGUACAACUUUUGAACCUUGUUGUGCGUUGCGUAUGUGGUCCUGCACUUCAUAAUUCAGGAUUUGCGGGUUCAUGUUCUCGAAUAUGGCAACGAGAUUCUUACUGGGAUGCCCGGCCGUCGUCUAGAAGUGGCGAGUACCCACUUUUUAUUCCACGCCAAAACUUUUGCUCGUCAGGCGGGGAAGCUUCAUGGUACGACAGAAGUUGCAGUAAUUCUGGAAGUUCAAGUGACUUUGGAGUUACCUCAAUGGAAUCUGAUAGAAAACCUCGGUUGGAUUCUUCUAGUAGUAGUAGUUUCAACUAUGCUUCUGCUUCCCUGCACUCAAUAGAAUCACACAAGGAUCUGCAGAAAGGCAUAGCACUUCUCAAGAAAAGUGUUGCCUGCAUUACUGCAUACUGUUACAACACAUUAUGUUUAGAAGUUCCUGCCGAAGCCUCUACUUUCGAAACAUUUGCAAGAUUGUUGGCUACACUUUCUUCUUCAAAGGAAGUUCGAUCUGUGUUUUCUUUGAAAAUGUCUGGUUCAAGGGCAUCCACGCAAGUCCAACAACUGAACAAAUCUGUUUGGAACGUAGAUUCAGCCGGGUCAUCUAGCACUUUGAUGGAGAGUGGACAUGUGCCAGUAUUGUAGUUUGUUGAAAGAAAUUGAAGGACCUUAUGUUAGGGAACAACGAACUCAGUAAUGCGGCAAUGAAGAGAUAUCUAUGAUAAGCAGGAUCUGGCAUAACUCAAAUAUGCCUAGGCGAUUCUUAUAAAUCUUUAUGGAGUUUUCUUGCUUACGUAUACAAAUUGAGUUAGCUGAAGAAGUGUUUUAUGUACGGUAGAUAAUUCUCUCUUGGAUUUCAACUGAGAGGCCUUGGUUUUAUUAAGCUUUCUUAUAAUUUUUCAGAACCUGAUGAGAAAAAUUUAUUAGGGGACAUAAUUUAGUAAGAACUGCAAAGAAUAGAGAGUCCAGAAACCUUGUAGCUACAAUCUCUUUAAAAUCUUUUGGAAUUGCUUUUUCAGAGGAUGUGUCAGCUUUGUUUACUAGUGGAUGGUUUAUGUUUUGGUGACUAUUAUAACUGAGCAUUAUUAUAUGGAACUCUUUGCUACUGGGCCUAAUAAUGUGUUGCAACUAUGCUAUUUUAGUUUUUCUCUCGUAAAUAAAUUUUGAAAGUAAUUAGUUACUGUUGCAUUUGAUUUCUCUUCUUUCU